AUGUCGUUACUAUAAAAAUUUACAAAUCUCUUUAAAUCAAAAGAUGAUGUUUAAUAUACAUUAUAGAAGCUGUUAAAACCUACAACAACAAACGAGCUUUAAGUAGCUAUAAAAGGUUUUAAUUAAAUUUUAUGUAAUCAACCAAUUGGAAUUUUCACUUUGUUAAGAUAGCGGGAAGCACUUGUAACAAUGGAUCCAAAGCCAGAAAAUUUAUUAAAUUUAUUAUUAGUAAUUCAUUCAAAUAUUUCGAAUGAUGAUAUUUGUGAGUAAUUAAGAUAGGCUCCAAUUUAUUGGUUAGAUAGAUUAAUGACUGAAAAUAGAGAGAGUUUUAUUUAAAUUGAAAGAAUGAUAACAGAACAAAGUACAAAUAGUUAUAUUCCUUAAUAAUUAUAAGAAUAGCAAAUUUAAUAAUAAUAAACUUAGACGAAAGGUGAGAAAAUAGGAGAUAAAAGAAAGGCUAGAAUAGAAAUGAAUUAAAAAUUAUAAAAUCCGAUAAUUAAUACUGAAGCAGCAAAUUAGGCAGACUCUCAUAAUUUGAAACCUAAAAUGUUUUGUAUUAUUUAUUAUUCAUUUCUCUAAAAGUUAUCAAUAAAUUAAUAGAUUUAUUAGAGUAGUAGAAAAAUGAAAUAUCCAGAGGAUGAAUAAGAUUUCAUUUGGAUUUACAAGAUAUAAAAUGUAAUGUAAAUGGGAUUGAAAUUAUUACAAUGCCCAUAAUAAUUAUAUAGACCUUAUUAAUUAUUGAUUUAUUAGGAUUUAUUUUAUUUCUAAUAAUUUUAAAAAUAGGAAUUAGAGAUAUAUAUAUUAAAAGAAAAUAAUUUAUAAAUUUAUGAAGCAUUUUGUGAAUAUUAGAGAGCAAAAUAAAUAAUGGAAGUAUUUGAACCAAGAUAUGAUUUUAAAUUGAAUAUUAAUGCAUCAGUGAUAGAUGAAUUUUAAAGAGAGGCAAUUAAAUAAAAAGUGAAAUGUUAAUUUGAAGAAUAAUAGAAGAAAAAGAAAUAAUAAUCAAAAGAAAAUUAGGAGAAUAUAGAUUAAUUGAAUUUUUAGGAUUUUGAUUCUAAUCAUGAUUUUGAAAGAGAGAUAAUAAUGAGAAAAUUCUUUGAUAAAGGAUAAUCAAAUUAGAUGAGUUUAGAUGAAAUAUCUUUAUAGUUAAAAAUAGUAAAUUUAUGAAUAUUUAUAAAAUAUUAUUAUUAUUAUAUGAUUUUUUAAAUAGGUGAAUAUUUACAGUUUGAGAAUCUUUGAAAGAUUAAAAAAUAGCAAAGAAUUUUGAUUAAGAUUUUGGUUCUUUAAAUGAUUCUUAAUCUAGAUUACCAAAUAGAAAAAAGAUUAGAUCGUAAGAGUUAAAAAGAUAAUAACAAAUCCUAAGAAAUUUGAAUAAACAAAAAAAGAGAGAGAAACAGGAAAAGCAUCAGAAAUAAUUUCAAGUACUAUAAAGGAUGUUUUUAAACUGGACAUAAAAGAAUAUAAAUGAAUUCACCUGAUAAAUUGGAUAAAGAAUAUAAUUUUAAGAGAUCAAUCCUGAAAAAAAAAUAUUUAAAAAUGAAAAUCCUUUGUAAAAAUAAGAAAAUAUUUUGAAUAGGAGUCAUAAAAUGUUAAGUCUGAUUUGUAACUUAAAAAUAAGAGGUUAGAAUAUGCCUCAUUUAAAAUAUAAGAAAUAAUUUUGAGAAAAAUGACACUACAUUUAGUAGACCGAAUUCAUAAAAAAUUAAAUAGAAUUCUAAUUAAAAUAAAUAAUUUUUUAAUUUUAAUAAUAAUAUGAAGUAGAUGUUAUAGAUUCUCAUAUUUGGUUAUAAAAGUAGAUUAGAUAGAAUAUCAAAGUUAAAUGCACAUUAUAAUAGUUCCAUAAAAAGCAAUAAAAAAAAAUAUUGGAAUAAUAUUAAUUUGAUUGAUUUUAAGACAUUUUAAGAAUAUUAAUAAUAACAUAAGAAACCUAACAUUAUAUAGGAAUUAGUAACUAAUAAUUAAAGCGGAGAAAGGACUAGAAAAUAGAUAAUGUAUGAGCAUGUACUCUAUUUAUCAAUGAUUUAACUUCUUUGA